UCGUGUUCUUUUCAGAAGAUGAAGCUUAUAAAGGCAGUCCUAUGCAGUGAAAGAAGGAGUACAAAGACAAAAUCAGAAAUGCAAAAUCAAGCCUAUUUUUUCUUGGUUCUUCUAUCUCUUACUCACUCACUCUUUGCUUCUAGUAAUGAUGCUAAGUGUCAAUGUGAUGAAGCAAAAAUCAACCGUGGAGGUUUCCCAGAAAAUUUCUUGUGGGGUGCAGGAACAUCUGCUUACCAGGUUGAAGGUGCAUAUAAUGAAGGUGGUAAAGGUCCAAGUUUGUGGGAUAACUUCACUCAUGCAUACCCAGAGAAAAUUGUAGACCAAAGUAAUGGAGAUAUUGCUGUGAAUUCCUAUCAUUAUUUUGAGGAGGACAUAAAAAUCGCAAAAGAUUUAGGGCUAGAUGCAUACAGGUUCUCUAUCUCAUGGUCAAGGAUAUUACCAAGAGGAAAUCGAAAUGGAGGAGUGAACCAAGAAGGAAUUGACUAUUAUAACAACAUCAUCAAUGAUUUACUAGCCAAUGGUAUACAACCAUUUGUGACCAUGUUUCAUUUCAAUGUGCCUCAAGCCCUAGAAGAUGCAUAUGGGGGCUUCUUAAGUUCUCGAAUUGUGGCUGAUUUUCGAGACUUUGCUGAUAUUUUGUUCAGCAAAUUUGGUGAUAGAGUUAAGUAUUGGAUUACUUUGAACGAGCCAUGGACUUUCAGUAAUCAUGGCUAUGCAAUUGGUAGAUUUGCACCUGGUCGAUGUUCUGAAUGGCAGCAUGUAAAUUGCACUGGUGGUAAUUCAGGAACAGAACCAUAUAUUGUCACACACAAUCAACUUCAUGCUCAUGCAGCAGUUGUACAUUUGUACAGAACCAAAUAUCAGAUAUGGCAGAAGGGAAAGAUUGGAAUUGCACUUGCCGCAAUAUGGUUUGAGCCAUAUAAUUCAACGGAUGAAAAUUUAAUGGCUACAGACAGAGCCCUUGAUUUCAUGUUGGGAUGGUUUAUGCAGCCAUUAACAUCUGGACAAUAUCCGCAAAGCAUGAGAGUUCGUGCUGGCAAUCGGUUGCCCAAUUUCAGCAACACUGAAAGGGAUUUGUUGAUACAGUCAUUUGACUUCAUAGGAUUGAACUACUACACUUCCAGAUAUGUUCUGGAUAAGCCUAAUUCAUCUAGCAUGAGCUACAUCAAUGAUUCUGAGGUUGAUAUUGUAGCUGAGAGAGACAAUAAGCCCAUCGGUGAAGUAUCAGUAAUUGGAAGUUGGCUCCAUAUCUACCCAAAGGGACUCAGAGAAUUGUUGAACUACAUGAAGAUGAAAUACAACAAUCCCACCAUUUACAUUACUGAAAACGGGCUUAAUGAGGCAAGAAAUGACAGUAUGACAAUUCUUGAAGCUAUCAAAGACGACAUAAGAAAAGACUAUAUCCAUGACCACCUAUGUUGUAUCCUACAAGCAAUUGAGCAAUUUGAAGUCAAUGUGAGUGGCUACUUGGUAUGGUCAUUGAUGGACAAUUUCGAAUGGGCUUUCGGCUACUCAAUCCGCUUUGGCAUCCACUUUGUGGAUUACAAUGACGAGUUGUUUACAAGAUAUCCUAAACACUCUGCUUUAUGGUACAAAAGUAUACUUGUUAAAAAAAUUAAAAUAGCUCAGUCAAUAGUUUCUAAUGAUGCUAAAAAGGAUAGACAAAAAUAUGCAACUUUUGAUGACAUUGAGAAGCUUGAAGUUCUCUGGCUGAUGAUAAUAGUUGUUGUUAUAGUUCGUGAAUAUCAGAAGAUGAGAAGCAAAGAGGGUAGGCAAAGUAAGCUAAGGCGAUACAUUGCCGCACCAAAGAGAUUUCUAGCCAAGGCUAGAGAUUUUUACGUUAAAAGCAUGAUUGAAUUCGAUGGAAGGGUUGUCUAUGGUAGCAACAUGAUGAUGGCCAUGCCUGCUCCCCGGGUAUCCCACAUGCCAAAAUAUUUUGGAGCAAGUUUGAAGAACGCUAUGAAAAAUGAUGAGAAAUGGAAGGAGCUUCAUCGAUUGAUGAAUUCCAAGACCAAUGAGGAUAAUAAUUCUGAUAAGGGAGGAUUAUGUCAGAGAAAUAGCAAGGUGGAUGCUUUUGAUGAUUUGUUUAGAUGUUAUAGUGUUAGUGUAGGAAGAAUGGGAAGAAUUGAUGAAGAUGAACCAUGCUUUUUCAGAGAAGAAGAAAUCAUUAUGAAGAGUGAGAUCUUGAUUCCUUCAUGCAGACGCUAG